AGGGGAAACGGUCGGAUUCCGACACUAGACAGACGGGUUUUCAAUAAGCAACCCUGGGUCCGAAAGGGGUUCCAGACCUUCAAAGAUCUGUACUCACCAGUGUACAGAAGAUGGCCGAUGCCCUUCAAAGUCAAGUCCUCGUCCGCCAUCCCGACCAGUUGUUUUCCUCAAGUCGCUCAAAUGCGUCUCCCAGCAAGUAAUAAUAAGUUAAGGGAUACCGUAAAGGUUAAAGGAGGACCAGGAUUACGAAGAUUAAACAGAAGAGAUGAAUCAGGUGACAGACAGGAGAAACUGAGCGACGCCCGCUGCGGGACAAAGGAGACUGGAGGCAGGACUGAGGAUCCUCGGGACAAGGCUGAACAAGACCCGCCUACUAACCUUUCGUGUGCAGCAGAGGAAGGCGUGGCUCUGGGGAGCUGCGUUGCUGAUGGGCGGAGACUUCCUGGGGGGAGGGAGUGUGGGAGAACUGCCCGCCUUCUGGAACGGGCUGCCCUGCGCGUGGGGUGCCCGCGCAAAUCGCAGGUGUCCUCAAGGAGCAUUGUUCUGACAACUAAUAGGAUGGGGACUGAAUCGAAGGCGACAUUCGCUUACAAGCAGCGUCAUCUACACAUCAUUUUUAUUAGUCAUCAUAGCAGUCUUCUUGGCGCUUACUCAGAGCACGUCUGCACUGCCAACGCUCUGGAAAGCGAACGAAGCCGUUGUGGAGUCAUGGACAGAGCCCUCAGUAUGGGAACGUGAUGGUACUGCACAAACUGAGCCAGAUUGGGACCAAAUUUGCGAGGA